CAACUUCACGCGAUAAUAGCUGCGUCUGUCUCCAUAAAGUCAUCCCAAAAGCUUAAGAAAAUACUGGAGAUAAUCUUGGCUCUUGGAAACUACAUGAACAGCAGUAAACGAGGGGCUGUGUAUGGAUUUAAGCUGCAGAGUUUAGACCUGCUCCUCGAGACCAAGUCGACAGACCGAAAGCAGACCCUGCUGCACUACAUUUCCAACGUUGUCAAGGAGAAGUACCAGCACGUGUCCCUCUUCUACAAUGAGCUUCAUUACGUGGAGAAGGCUGCUGCAGUGUCCCUUGAAAACGUCCUCUUGGAUGUGAAGGAGCUGCAGAGAGGCCUGGAUCUGACGAAGCGGGAGUACACCAUGCACGACCACAACACGAUGCUGAAGGAGUUCAUUCAGAACAACGAAGGGAAGCUAAAGAAACUGCAGGAUGAUGCCAAAAUAGCCCAGGAUGCCUUUGAUGAUGCUGUGAAGUACUUCGGAGAGAAUCCCAAGACAACACCCCCCUCUGUCUUCUUCCCGGUGUUUGUCCGGUUUGUGAAGGCCUACAAGCAAGCAGAAGAAGAGAACGAGUUGAGAAAAAAGCAGGAACAGGCCUUAAUGGAAAAACUUAUGGAGCAAGAAGCAUUGAUGGAGCAACAGGACCAAAAGUCUCCCUCACAUAAAACCAAGAGGCAGCAGCAAGAGCUGAUCGCAGAGCUCAGGCGGCGGCAGGUGAAGGACAACAGGCACGUGUACGAAGGGAAGGACGGCGCUAUCGAAGACAUCAUAACAG